AUGACCUCUGAGGCUUUCAAGCUAAAAGGCCUCUCUGAAAAAGUCCGCAACGACUUCAUCAGAGAAGUUGGAGAAAGGCUGCAGGAACGUCUGGUCAGAGAGGCAGAAGAGAAGGCGAGAAGAGAAGCAGAAGAGAAGGCUCAUCUGGAAGAAGAGAAAAUGGCCAGAGAAGCUGCUGAGAAGGCUGCUGCUGCUGAAGCUGAAGCAAAAGCGAAAGCUGAUGCUGAAGAAGCAGCACGCAUAGCUACAGAAGAAGAUGCAAUAGAAAGUAAUGAUGCUUUGACUCAGGGGGAGCAAUCUCACUCUGUUUUCGCUCCUCUUGUCCUAAAGACUCUGGAAGAGCUGCAGAAGGAGCAACAGAUAGUAAGAGUAAGACUGGAUCAACAGGACUCCGUCAACAACAACAUUCAGAACCUACUGACUCAGCUGCUCCAAAGGAUGCCUCCGCCUCCGAACCCUUAG